AGCCAUUUUGGCUCAAGGGCUCGAGACAGCGCCCCGACCCAGCCAGCUCGGCAGGCCUCCCUCGCAGGCCCGGCUCGCCUCCUGCACCGCUUGCCAUGGCGCCCAAGUUCGAUCCCAACGAGGUCAAGAUUGUGAAGCUCCGGCAGUAUGGCGGCGAGCAGGCGCCAUCGUCUGUGCUCGCUCCGAAGGUGGGACCCCUGGGGAUGUCUCCCAAGAAGAUCGGGGACGACAUCGUGAAGGGCACCUCGCAGUGGAAGGGCAUCCGCGUGACGGUCAGGCUGACGAUCCAGAACCGCGCGGCGAAGGUCGACGUGGAACCGAACGCGACGAGCCUCAUCAUCAAGAGCCUGAAGGAGCCCCUGCGCGACCGCAAGAAGACCAAGAACAUCAAGCACUCCGGGAACCUGACCAAGCAGCAGAUAUUCGACAUCGUGAGGCAGAUGAGGGAGAAGAGCCAGGCCAAGGAGUUCUCUGGCACCCUCAAGGAGAGGUGCUUGGCAGCUGCCGGGCCGUUGGCUGCACGGUGGACGGCACGGCGCCCGCCACUCUGACGCAGAUGGUCGACGAUGGCGAGUUCGAGAUGCCGGAGAAGUGAGCGUGGGAUGACGAACGGACAACACACGCGUGCCGCGAAUCUGGCGAUCCUGGCUCCUCCUCCUCCCUUCUCUUCCCUACAAAUUCUCGACGCUGCGCGUAUCCCCACCAGCCCUUCGCUGCUCGGGACUGGCGUCGAUCUCAGGGUUUACGAGAUGUGCCGCGGAGUGGUGCAGCCUUCCAGCGGACACCGUGCUUCCCCGGCGCCUGUCCCCGCCUACUUGGCAUGUUCCGCGCCGCUGCCGCGGCCCUGGCCCUUGGCGCCCUGCGGCGACAUGGUCAGUCUGUACCUGGUCACUCCUGGCCACGGUGCCUGAGCUCGAAUGCGUGGCUUCCAGCUCUCCGUUCCUGGUGGCGCACCGCUUUCUGGUUUUCCUGCAGUGGAAGCGCCCUCGCCAGUGUGAUGCGUGGUCGCUGGUACAGAGGGGAUCAAGCGUUCCUGGCGUGCAGGACCUAAUUCCAUCUUUGGCAUCCUUGUGCCUCAGGCCUGCAAGUUGCAUCAGCUUCCCGGGGCGUUGCAGACCACCCAGCCAGUUCCACCAGCAGCAGCCCCUCAGCCGCCGCUUCUGAGUGCUGGCCCGGCCGUCUUGCGCGUCGCUCAGUAGCUAAUUCGGCUGGCCCGUGCCCCAGACCCCCCUCUCGGCGACAGCUUCACGCGUCCGCCCGCGACC